AUUGAGGAAGCUGCACCACCAGAGACCAUUCUUAAUGAAAAGGGUGAAGAAAAGAACAACCUAGAAUUUAGUAUCUGGUUAAACAAUGAUGGCCUUCUCACAAGCUAGCUUCUCCGAACAAUGAAUGAAGAUUCACUCAGUCUAGUUGUUGCAUCUAAUUCAGCAUACGAGAUCUGGAAGUGCCUAGAGGAACAUUACCUAGCUUCAACAAAGGAGCAAGAAAUCCAACUCAAAGGGCAACUCUCUAUUAAACGAGGAAGCAAUGAAUCCCUUGAGGAUUUCCUCAAGAAAUUCAAAAGUACAUGUGACAACCUCACCGCAAUUCGAAAACCACUUGAUGAUCUUGAUAAGGUGUUUCAACUUUCUAGAGUUGUUGGGUCAAGAUAUCAAUCAUAUAAUCUUGCUGUCCUCUUGAAACCUCCAUACCCAACCUUCAGACAAUACAUCUUGGGUCUUCAAAAUACUGAACGUGAUUUGAAAGAAUUUGAAGAGGAAUAUAGAGAAUAAGAAUACUGAGCUUGUAUUUUAAUCUAACUUGGUACAGAUAUAUAUGUAAUUACAUCCAACGAUAAAAUCCUAAGUUAUUGCAAUUAGUCUUGAUUGUGAAUUCUUGCUGUGAUUGAAUAUUUUCAACUUUGAUUGAGAGUUUCUGCAUUGAAUGGAAGAUUUCUUUGACUUUCCUUCUUGAUUGCCUGUCAUAGAACUUUCCUUGUUUGCAAGAUCAUGAUCCUGAUCUGUUGUACAGGCCUUCAUAAACUACCCUGAUUGUGAUAAAUCCUUCUGAUUUUU